AUGAGGAGCAACCGCAAGUCUCCCAGGUCACUGAAAGCCCAAAGGCACAGCCAAGAGUCCAUGACACCUGCAUCCACCCUGCUGCUGCUUUCGGUCUCUGAAGGAACAAAAUCAAAACUGCUUGAGCAAAUCCACUGGCUAAAGAAAAAACUAGAAGCUGUGGACCAUAAGGAAGCCAGUGCGGAACUGUUUGAAAAUAUGGUUCUUGUGAAAGACCAGUUCAUUGAGAAAUUGCAAACUGAAGUAAAAGCUUCCCAAGAGCAACUUGUAGCCCAUAAACUAAAGCAUGAAAAGAGAGUGAAAAAGCUAAAAAUUGAUUUGGCAACAGCUAAGCAAGAGGCUGCCCUCACAGUCCUGGAACUAAAUGAGAAGAUAGAGACUCUAUGUGAAGGAAAACCAGCCCCUAGAGAAGACAACUCACUGGAAGAGUUCUGUGGUGGUCUCCCACCUGUGGAAGAAGGUGAUAGAAAAAUCAGCCUGAUUAUGAAGUUGUCGACCCAGCUUUCCCUUCAGACUGAGAAGAUCACUCAGCUGGAAGAAGUUUUAGAGGAAAAGGAAAGAAAGAUUCAGCAACUGGAAGCUGAGCAGGAGCUCCAUCCUUUACAAGAGGUUGAGGAGCCUCCAGAAUGUUUACAAGAAGUCCCAAUGUUUUUUAAUAACUGUGUCACUUCUGUGGUCUCUCACGAGGAUUUAUAA